AUGAGGAAGAAAACCAUAGCACACAAACCUCCUCGUGAAAAGGUGUAUAAACUUCCAUCCAAGCCUUCCACUCGCUCCCAAGACAGAACCUUCACACCUUCACCAUCUCCUCCUACCUCUCCUCCUCGCACUGCUCCCAUGGCACGAACCAAGACCACACCAAGGUACCCUACCCCUGCCAAACCGACGCCACCACCUAAGGCAACGUCAUCCAAACCAAGCUCCUCGAAACCUGGCUCAUCCAAGGGUAAGCGUCCUACUGUCGAAGAACCUGUUCCUGAGACAACAAAACCUAAGCCAAAGUCUGUUCCUGUGCGCUCUCAACGAGGGGCUAGGGCAACACAGAACACGCAUCGCAUUCACUGCCUCGUGCCUCCUUCAGCAGCUCAGCGCCUCAGCCCUCGCCCCUCAGCCAUUGAGGCUCACCCCACACCCCAAGUCCCCACUCCGGCACUCCCCACGCCCCACUCCGGCUCUGGCAGUCGCCACUCCCACGGCGCAGGCCAAUCCGGUGACCUUGACCUCAUCUUCUCUCCCCACGGCCUACUCCGAGUUUCGUGGCACACACCACGCAUCACCGACUCCUCCCUUUCUCAUCUCUUCACAACCCUCUGUGUUCACCCCAGUCACCGCCGAAGCUCUUCGUUCGACGGACGAUAG